AUGUUAGGGUUGAGCUCCAACAAGGUUGUGAAAAAGGAAAACAUCAUAUGUAUAUAUUUGAACCAACCGAAAGACUUUAUAUAUGACAUAGAUGACAUAGUGAUAGAAUAUAACGAAGUUAAAAAAGAUGUGGAAGUAGUUAACGACUCAAUACCGGCGUUCAUAAAGGCCAACAUGAAAGGAUUCUUUAGAGGAGAUCUAGAAGAGUAUACGCGAUUUCUGGAGGAAAACUUGGAGAUCUUCUUUAAAGGAGAGGUUCCCAAGACAAAAGAGCCAGAGAAAAAGGAGGAGGUGAUAAGGCCGUUUGAGCUUCCGUCCGACUACAAGUUUCCCAUUGGCAGGAAAGGACCGAUGAACAUAAACAUAGAGGUGGAAAAGAGAUAUGUUUCCAUUGUUUCUUGCGAAUGUCUUAACUUACAAGUAGGAUGUAACAGAUGUGGAAGAGUCCUAAGGAUGCCAGGGGCUGGAGAAUGCCCAGGGUGUAGAUCUGUGCUUGAGAUAAGGUACAUUCCCUCUGUUGACUCCGAGUUUCUUGGGUCCUUAAGCUUCCAUGGGUGUAGGUUUAUCUGCUUCAACCCCUCCAGAUACCAGCUUUCUUGCGAUGGUUGCCAUAUGAACUACGAAACAAACGAACUAAGUAUAGGUGAUGCUUUUCGCAUCAAAUGCUAUGAAUGCCUUUCAAAUAUCUUUCUGAAGAUAUCUAGCAUAAACCUCAUACAAAGAAAGAGAGAAACACUAAAGCCAGGACAGCCCUUGCCUGAGAAAGGUACUUGCAGGCAUUACAAGAAAUCCUACAGAUGGUUUAGGUUUCCAUGCUGCAAUUCUCUUUAUCCCUGCGAUAUAUGCCAUGACGAAGAGAGUGGACAUGUACAUCAGAUGGCUAACAAAAUGGUUUGCGGACUCUGUUCAAAAGAACAGGGUGUAGGCAAGGAGUGUUCUUGUGGAAUGAAUUUAAAGAAGUCAACGUCGUUUUGGGAAGGGGGAAAAGGAACACGAAACAAGGCAACAAUGAGCAGGAAAGAUAGGAAGAAAUACACAAAGUAA